UCUGUCAUCGGCGGUCUCGGGUUGUGCGAAGAAAAACUUUUCAACAUGAAUUUGUUAAUGAAAAUAGCAUUUCUAAUCUCCGUUAUUGUUUCUUCUACGUUUCACUUUGUGCAAGCGAACUCUCUCGAGUACGACGGAUGGCUCAACAUAGCGCUGUAUCAUGCCUUGGACUGCGAUGAGCCGAACAAAUUCACGCUGCGGGGCAAUGUGACGGUCACGAAUCGUAACACGGGACUGGUGUCCGUCGCCCAAGAACCACUAUCAUUGCAGGAUCGAAACAAACUGAAACGCCUUGCCCAGGAGAACCGGCUUUAUCGGCUGGAGGCACAUGUUUCCGAUUCCGACGGGGUUACCACGUUUUUGACUUCCACCAAAGCGUGCGCCUUGGCAAAAUCGCAACUCACCGACGUGCUGUGGGUAUCGCUGGACCACUCCGGCACGGUGACGGGCAUUACGCAGUCGGUGAGCAAUGGCAACGCGAACCACUGCCACGAUCUGUCCAACAGCGACGUGGAUGUGCUGGAUGAGUUCAAUACCGACGUGUAUGUGAAGCACAUAGAAACGGCCCCCAUUCCGGAUACGGCCAGCUUCAUACAGAAGAUGGAACGAGAACGGGAAGCCAGGGAGCGUGGUGAAACGAAGGAUAAUCGCAGCUUCUUCGCUAAAUAUUGGAUGUACCUCGUCCCGGUGGUGAUCCUACUUCUCAUUUCGGCAACCAACCCCGAGGCUGGACAACGCUAACCGCUCUGUGGCAACCAUUUUAGUUAAUUUAAGCUACACGAAGCCAAAAUACAGAACGACAACAGAGACCAAUCCGGUAUAAAGUUCA